GUGUGAGUGGUGGGCUGAUGGCAUACUGGUAGUCUUGCCUGGGAGCUGUCCGUAAUACAUGUAACGUUACUUCUUCCUGACACUAGUGAUAGCAUUUAGUCACAAAAUGAAACAUGGCAAAUCUUUCCAAACAGGUUAUUUCCGAGCCUUGGUGUACUACUAUUUCCUGGGCUCAAAGUCGCAGCACGCACGGGCGUCUGCAUUUCUUCAUUGCAGAGCAAAACUAAUAUCAAAUUCCACCAGAAGUAGAAAGUUUCCUUAUUUCCAAUCAUCGGAAUCAACGAUGAACUUCUGUUCCUUUCUGGUGAUCUCUUAGUUUAGAUAGCGGUCGCGUCACGUUUGUGCCCUCGGCACUAGUUCCACUAGUUUCUGUCCGGAGAUAGUCAGUGCGUGCUGCGAGUCAGCUGAUUUGUGCCUUGUUUUGACUGUACGAGGAUCGUAGGCGGCCUGGCCCUGUCUAUCCCAGGAAGAUAUGAAACGUUGACAAUACUUCUCAGGAAUAUGAUUUCGGGGACAAUGGUGGUGGGUGUCAGGAAGAUAGACAUUUUACUAUGUCUGUGUAUGGUGUGGGCCUGUUGUAUGGCACAAGACAGAGGGGAGACUUCGGCACCUGAAGACGUCCCACAGGGAGCCUCCACUUUGGCCUUCGUGUUUGACAUUACAGGAUCUAUGUACGAUGACCUGGUGCAAGUUAUAGAGGGAGCUGCCAAAAUACUGGAGACAACUCUGUCUCGGAAAGAAAAGCCGCUAUACAACUAUGCACUGGUGCCUUUCCACGACCCAGAUAUUGGCCCUGUGAUCAUCACCACAGAUCCAGAAGAGUUUCAGCAGGAGCUGAGGGAGUUGUAUGUACAGGGAGGUGGGGACUGUCCUGAGAUGAGUGUUGGAGCAAUCAAGAAAGCUCUAGAGAUCAGCUUGCCAUCCUCCUUCAUCUAUGUCUUCACUGACGCAAGAUCCAAGGACUACUACUUGAAGCCAGAAGCACUUAGACUUAUUCAAGAAAAGCAGAGUCAGGUAGUGUUUGUCUUGACUGGAGACUGUGGGAACCGCACACACCCUGGCUAUCGUGCCUUCGAAGACAUUGCUGCCACAAGUUCUGGACAGGUGUUCCAUCUGGAGAAAAAAGACGUCAACCAGGUGUUAAACUUUGUACGUGUAUCUCUGCAAGCCCGCAAAGUCAACUUGGUGGCUCAGGACCACAACCAGGCAGGGGUACAUGAGCUGGUUAUACCAGUUGACAACCAGUUGAGAGAAAUCACUGUCUCAGUGAGUGGUCAGAACCCAUCAAUCACAGUCAGGGACCCCACAGGUUUAGUCUUAUCUGAAGGCAAUGGAUUGACUACCCUGUUGCAACUUGAGUCUGUAUUGGUAGUGAAUGUAAAGGCCCCCAUGCCUGGCCCAUGGACAUUAAAGGCCAGCAGCACAGGGCUCCAUACACUAAGGGUCACUGGCCUGAGUCCACUGGACUUCACUCAUGGCUUCUCAAGAAAGCCAACAAGGAACAUGACAGCAACUUCACCAAGACCUGUCCUGGGUAUUCCAACAUAUGUUGUUCUAAAUGCAACAGGCUUGAUACCACCUGGUGUUAUCAACAAACUUGAACUUAUCAACUUACAAGGGCUGUCCUUGAUAGAGGUGCCUGUAUUUCCUGACCCGGAGCAGCCAUACAGCUCUCUGUAUAAUGUCAGUGGGAUCCUACCCCCGGAAGGAUUCUUCUACCUUCGUGUCUCCGGAGUUGACGUGGACAACUUCAUAUUCCAGCGAAUCACUCCUUCAGCCCUCAAUGCAGAGAUACCAGCUGAACCAGUGGUCAGUAUGGUAGAAAGACAACCUGGCUACUACGAGCAGACAGCAACGGUGGUGUGCAGUGUGCAAAGUGUUGUGCCUUUUACUGUACAGUGGAGUAAAGAUGGGAAAAGGCUUGGCUCAGAUCUAUACUUCAGAGCCUCCACCCAUCAUUGUAAGCACCAUUGCUGGCAGUGCCCCACCCGGAGGAAAUGCUGUGCUGUCGUGCAUCGUCACUAGUGAGACUCCUUUUAAUUUGACGUGGAAAAGGGAGGGAGAGCUGCUACAGUUCUUACUGUUGCCUCAUAUGGAACAGCUGGCUAAUGGAUCCUUGAAGAUUCAGGUCAAGGACACAGCAGACGAAGGGCAAUAUGAGUGUAUUGCAGCUAAUGAAGGAGGCCAAGUGUCAGGAAUGGUAUAUCUGGCUGUGCAAACACCACCUGUGGUAACAAUUACUGAUGAUGUCAGCACCUUUGUUACCAAGGACAACGUCACAAUUGUAUGCACGGCCAAGGGUUACCCCAAACCAGGCAUCAUGUGGCUGCACAAUGGACAACUGCUUCUUCCAAGUUCCCACUAUCAGAUUUCUGGUGAUGGAAGUAGCCUCACUGUGAUAAAUGCAAGGGUGGAGGAUGCUGGGAACUACACCUGUCUCGCAACAAACAGUGCAGGAAGCCAGCGACUAAGUGUGAAUCUGAAAUACUAUGAGGUUCCCACUGUUGAGGUUUCCUUGGCCUCUCAACUGGUGUCAGAAGGUGAUACAGCUGUUUUAGAGUGCAAAGCCUCUGGAAUCCCAGCACCUUCUCUCACGUGGUUGAAAGGAGAUGAUGAGCUGAGGGACCUUCCAUACAUAAGGAUUCUGAAUGGCAAGCUGGAGAUUACCGGAGUACAGCUGGGUGACAGUGGGGAAUAUGUCUGUGUGGCAACAAAUUCAGCUGGAUCCACCUCCAUCAGCAGUUACAUGGAAGUUGGGCUUCAGCCUACCUUCUCAGUGGUGCCUGUUGAUAUGGGAGUUGACAUUGGCUACAACGUCACCCUGCCGUGUGAGUCUGUGGGCUCCCCAACACCAGCCAUAAGGUGGACACACAAUGGCCAGCCUGUCAACUUGGUAUCAGACAGGAAGUACAAGCAACUGGACAAUGGAUUAUUUAUACAAAACAUAGGCCUGGAACAGGAGGGGUCAUACACCUGUAUAGCUGAAAAUGCCCUUGGAAAGAUGCAGGCAACUCUGCUUGUAACGGUUACUGGUCUUGUGUCACCAGUGGUGACAUCCGUCCCUCCAUCAAUCAGCGUGACAGUGGGUUCUGAUGUCCGCCUGCCAUGUCCUGUGUUGAUGGGUAACCCCCAGCCCACCCAUCAGUGGUACAAGAAUUCACAGAUCCCAUUAGAAGAGGAACCAGGGAUAUUGGAAUUCGCAGAAGAUCGUAGCUUGUUGAUCAAAACUGCAGGAUUACCCGACAGUGGCCGUUAUACUUGUUCUGUUAUUAAUGUUGCCGGCUCAACAAAUGUCACCAUCUCUCUUAAAGUACAAGUUUCCCCCAGUAUUUCUGAAGACGAGACUGAGUACACAGUGGUACAAGGUCGGCAGGUUGUGCUGACAUGUGAUGCUGAUGGUGUGCCCUCCCCAACUGUGUCCUGGAACAAUCAAGGAGAACCUGUGAGUGGCAGACAGGGCAUGUCCAUCUCAGACACGGGUGCUCUGAUCAUUAGUUCUGCCAGGCCUGACGAUUCUGGUCCUUACACCUGUACAGCCAUCAACCCAGCAGGGGUAGCCUCCAGACAGGUCAACCUGCAGGUGUUUGUUCCACCAUCAGGAAGAGGUGAUGACACUGGUGAUUCAACCAAUGAGGUGACAGCAACAGUUGACGACAAAGUCAGUCUACCCUGUGAUGUUAAUGCCAAUCCUCCUCCAGUCUUUGCAUGGAUUAAGGAUGGACAGGUUCUGUCUGGUGAUUCUGCUCGACAUGCCAUCACCUCGUCUGGUAAUCUGGACAUCGUGGCAGUCCAAGUGGGCGACAGUGGGAAAUACGUGUGUGUGGCAAGUAACGUGGCUGGGAACUUCACAAAGGACUUUCAUCUGAUAGUACAAGCUAUUCCCAGUAUUUCUGAAGACGAGACUGAGUACACAGUGGUACAAGGUCGGCAGGUUGUGCUGACAUGUGAUGCUGAUGGUGUGCCCUCCCCAACUGUGUCCUGGAACAAUCAAGGAGAACCUGUGAGUGGCAGACAGGGCAUGUCCAUCUCAGACACAGGUGCUCUGAUCAUUAGUUCUGCCAGGCCUGAAGAUUCUGGUCCUUACACCUGUACAGCCAUCAACCCAGCAGGGGUAGCCUCCAGACAGGUCAACCUGCAGGUGUUUGUCCCUCCAUCAGGCCAAGGCACUGAUGGAACUGAAGAGGUGACUGCAAUGGUGGAUAGUCUGGUAGAACUGCCCUGUAAGGUGGAUGCUUUCCCUCCUCCAACAUUUUCUUGGAUCAAGGAUGGGCAAGUUUUGUCAGGCAAUUCCCUGCACCAUGCUGUUUUACCCUCUGGAACACUGAGGAUUGCUACAGUUAAAGUUGCUGACAGUGGAGAAUACAAAUGUGUUGCUACUAAUGUGGCAGGGGAGCUUACAAAGGACUACAGUCUCAAUGUCCAAGUUUCCCCCAGUAUUUCUGAAGACAAGACUGAGUACACAGUGGUACAAGGUCGGCAGGUUGUGCUGACAUGUGAUGCUGAUGGUGUGCCCUCCCCAACUGUGUCCUGGAACAAUCAAGGAGAACCUGUGAGUGGCAGACAGGGCAUGUCCAUCUCAGACACAGGUGCUCUGAUCAUUAGUUCUGCCAGGCCUGAAGAUUCUGGUCCUUACACCUGUACAGCCAUCAACCCAGCAGGGGUAGCCUCCAGACAGGUCAACCUGCAGGUGUUUGUCCCACCCACAGGGGAUGGUGUUCAGGGUGGAAGCAAUGAAGUCAGUGUAACUGUAAGGAAUCCAGUCAGCCUGCCGUGUGCUGUAGAUGCUAUCCCACCACCAACAUUUGCAUGGAGCAAGGAUGGAGAACCCUUGUCAGGCAAUUCUCUACAACAUGUCAUUUUACCCUCCGGAACGUUGAGCAUUGCUGCUGUGGAAGUGGAUGACACUGGUACAUAUAGAUGCAUUGCAUCCAAUGUGGCUGGCAACUUGACAAAGGACUUCAUCCUUAAUGUCCAUGUUCCUCCUACUGUUGGAGAUGGCAGGGUGCCCAUCAGGGAUGUCACUGUUACAUUGAACAAUUCUGUCACCCUGGAUUGCCUGGUCAGUGGCAUCCCAAGACCCUCUGUUCGCUGGUUGAAGGACGGAGAGGAUGUCAAAAUUGGAAAUCAAGUCCAACUCCAAAAUUCUGGAGACACACUCCAAAUCUCCAGAACUAGUCUUCAGGAUGGGGGAGUGUACAUGUGUGUAGCAACCAACAUUGCAGGAGAGGAUACACAGUCCUGGGGUGUGACAGUGUGGGUUCCUCCCACUAUACCAGAUAAUCAGAACAUGAUAACCCUGACACCACUGGAGAGUGAGGAUGUCUCUAUAGCCUGCCAAGCCACUGGUGUUCCUGCACCAGUUUUUGUUUGGCUGAAGAACGACCGUUCCUGGCCUGUUGGGGACAGUAGAGUAACCACUGAGGUAGAGACCACCCUAGACAGUGGUGGGCAGAGCAGUGUGUCCAACUAUAUCACCAUCAGGAAUGUAAAAGUUGGUGACACUGCCAUUUAUAAAUGCAUUGCCAGGAACUCAGCUGGGGAGAGUCAUAAAGUCUUCAACAUCAGUGUCAUUGUGAAACCUCAAAUCUCCGGGCUUGAGCCACCUAGUCCCAUGAUUGUGCAAGUUGGGACAUCCCUGUCCCUGGAAUGCAUCUCCAAUGGAGUUCCUGCUCCCACGGUGCAGUGGAGGAAAGACGGUGCUCUGCUGUCCUCAGAUGGACGACUGACAUUGCUGUCCAGGGGACAGCUGCUGAACAUCGACACUGCAAUCCAGAAUGAUGAGGGCCUGUACACUUGUACAGCUUCAAACGAGGGAGGGCAGGCAUCUAGGGACUUCAGAGUUACUAUUCAUGUUCCUUCUCAGAUUGCCGGUGCAGACAUCCGUGAAAACAUCACCACAAUAGCUGGUGACAUGGUGGAACUGCAGUGUGAUGCCAGCGGGAACCCUCAGCCAGUGGUCACCUGGACCAAAGUCGGCCACCAGGGUGCUGAAAGAAACAGAUGGAAACUUCUCAAUGGGGGCACCACUCUGCAGGUAGUCCAAGUCCAGCCUGAGGACAGUGGCACAUAUCUGUGUACAGCCAUGAACAAUGCUGGAGACGAUGAGCGGGAAUAUUUUGUGAAAGUGCUCGUACCCCCUACAAUAGAUCUCAGUGGAUCUGGUGAAGAUGUAACAACAGUUGUCAACAGGCCCGUGGAACUCACUUGUCCAGUUGAAGGCAUUCCCACACCUCAAGUCAGGUGGUUUCACAAUCAGAGACCAGUGAACCAAGAUGAGAACAUCCGCCUCACCAGACAGGGUCAGACACUGUCUGUAUCUAGUGUACAGAUCUCUCAUCAAGGAACCUUCACAUGCAUUGCAAGUAACAUUGUUGGGCAAGUGGAAAGAACCUUCAGGCUCACAGUGCAGGUUCCUCCCAAAAUAGUCAUGAGCGAGGAAACAACAAAUGUGGUUUCCCUGUUGGGGAGUCCACUGCAGCUGCAAUGUAAUGCCUCGGGAGACCCUCCCCCCACCAUCAGUUGGCUGAAGGAGGGAUCGCUCAUCACAGCUGACACCCCAGGGGUCCAGGUCCUCGGCAACACUCUCACAAUCCUGGCUGCAGACCUCAAGUUACACAGUGGCAGUUACACAUGUUUUGCAAAUAAUGCUGCAGGAGAAGAUGACCACAACUUCAAUGUACAGAUUCAAGUUGUACCAAUAAUCAAAGGCCCGGCAUCAACAGAAGUGCGCACUGUGGUGGGGAACCCCGUUACCCUGCAGUGUGAGGCGGAUGGCACACCACCACCCUCUCUACUGUGGUUGAAGGAUGGUCAGACCUUACCCCAGAUUUCCAGGUUACGGGUUCUCAGCAAUGGUCGCAAGCUGAGAAUAUUGAGUGUGCAGAUGGCAGACAGUGGACUCUACACCUGCAUUGCCAGCAAUGUGGUUGGAGAGAACCAGAGGAACUUUAUCGUGACUUCUCUUGUACCACCAAGGUUACAAGAUAAAGAUGUACCCAAGGAUAUCACAAUAAUAGAAGGGGAGAGUGUGGAGCUCAACUGCAGGUCAGAGGGAUCACCGCCGCCUGUCGUAACUUGGCAGAAGGACAGUCAGAACAUCCGCACCAACACAUUAAAUGAUGGGCAAACUGUCAUGCUGGAGAAUGCUAGAGUGGAAGACUCUGGGCUGUACAGAUGUCUGGUAGCAAAUCCAGCUGGAAACACCACCAAGGUCUUCAAUGUUUCAGUGCAUGUGCCACCUGUCAUUACAAGUGAUGAGUCCUCAGUGACAGUAGGAGUAGGAGAAGCCGCACUACUGACCUGCCAGGCAGAAGGUGUCCCUCUUCCCACCAUCACAUGGCGCAAAGAUGGUGUCUUCCUCACCAACAGGGACAGUGCCAGGUAUCGCAUACUUCCCUCAGGAUCUGUGCAGAUCUCCUCCACCAGUGUACAGGACGCGGGGCUCUACACAUGCAUGGCCUCGAAUGAAGUCGGCACUGACCAGCAACGGAUUAAUCUGUUUGUUCAUGUGCCACCAACAAUAGGACCAGGGGCUGCCUCGAUCACCACCUUGGUCAACUUUCCUGCAUUACUGUCCUGUGAAGUUACUGGUGUGCCUGCUCCCACUGUCACAUGGUACCAUGAAGGUGCCCUGUUGGACUUGGAUGAACUAAACUAUCAGCUCCUGCCUUCUGGGUCUCUGCGUAUUGCAGCCGUGAAACUUUCCGAUCAGGGCGUCUUCACAUGUCAGGCCAGCAACACACAAGGGACUGCGGAGAGAGACUUGAUAUUGCAGGUGCAAGAGCCCCCCAUUAUUGAGGAGGGCAGUACCAACAGUGUGGUGAUGGUGGGGCAAGUUGUCACUCUGGAAUGCAAAGUGUCUGGAGUGCCCAGUCCAACUGUGGAGUGGCUGAAGGACGGAUCUGUAGUUCCCAUGACUGACAGAACAAGUCUGGUGUCUACAGGACUGCAGAUAUCUGCCGCUGUUGUUCGAGAUUCUGGGCAGUAUUCAUGUACAGCUACUAAUGCGGCAGGGACAGCCACCAGGCAAAUGCAACUGGAUGUACAGGAUCCACCCAAAAUCAAUGAUGAGGAUCCUACCGAAGUCUCUGUAGUUGUGAACACAGAUGUUGUGCUGCCCUGUAAAGUCCAAGGAAGUCCUGAUCCUAGAGUAACAUGGCAGAAGAGAGGCCAGAUUCUCCAGAGUGGCAAUGGAUUUGCCCAGAGGGUUGAUGGCUCGUUAGAAAUCAGAAGAAUCAAGGUGUCAGACAGUGGAGUGUACAGCUGUGUCGCUCAGAAUAAUGCUGGAACAGCUGUCAGAAAAGUGAAGGUGUUUGUGCAAGUGCCACCUGCCAUAGAGGAUGGCCCCAGGACUAUCAUUACCAAGCAGGGCCAGUCGGUGACCUUACCUUGUUUGUCCAGUGGGAGGCCACGCCCUUCUAUCAGCUGGGAGUUCAAUGGCACACCUGUCAUCAAUGCUAAUUUCCAGCACCAGAUGCUGUUUUCUGGUGGACUUCAGAUUCCCAUUGCCCAACUGCAGCACACAGGCACAUAUGUUUGUAAAGUAAGCAAUGAAGCUGGAUCUUCCUCUCGGACCAUGACUUUGGAGGUGCAGGCACCUCCAUUGAUAGCCCCAGUCCAGACCCAGAGGACAGUUGUUGAAGGUGAAGAUGUAACAUUACCAUGUGAAGCAGAGGGAACUCCUGUUCCAGCUAUAACAUGGCUGAAGGACCAGCAGGUUUUGAGUUUACCUACUUCAAGGUUACAAGUCAGCCCUGGCCAGCUCACCAUAAAAGAAGCACAGAGAGACGAUGGUGGGGAAUAUGUCUGCACAGCCAUCAAUGCUGCAGGGGAAGACUCCCAUUCUUUCACUCUUAUCAUUUUUGUUGUGCCCAGCAUAACAAAAAUCCCUGGUGACACAAAGGUUACAAAGGGAGCAGAUAUCCAGCUGGAGUGUGCAGCAGAGGGCGUCCCCACACCCAUGAUCACAUGGACGUUCCGAGGGAAAAUUCUUCCAGCACCCAGUGUGAAUGGUUACAGUUCAUUGGUGGUGAGGAAUGCUAGGAAGAAGGAUGAAGGGACUUAUUCCUGUGUGGCAGAGAACACUGCAGGCAGACGCAAAGUAGUGGCAGCUGUCAAAGUUAACUUGCCUCCAAGAGUCCUACAGAAGCCAGAGAGUAAGGCAGUGACUGUAGCAGGCAAGGUGGUUCUAACCUGUAGUGUGUCAGGAGACCCCCCACCCAGCAUCCGAUGGUUAAAGGCUGGGGAGUUUGUCCAGUCUAGCAACCGUAUCCGGCUUCUGGAGAAUGGAUCUCUGGCCAUCUAUGGGGCAACAAUUCGCCCCAGAUUGUAGUGGAGCCCAAGGAUGUUGUUGUUGACCGAGGUGGGACUAUCCUGGUGAACUGUGCAGUCAUGGGAGAGCCUGCACCUUCCAUCUCAUGGCAGCGGGAAGGCAUAACCAUUAUCACUGAAGACAGGGUGACCAUAUUGCCAAACGAUUCCUUACGUAUAGAGGCAGCUCAGAUGCCAGACUCUGGAAACUACAUAUGUCUGGCUUCCAACAGUAUUGGAGAAACUUUUGUUAAGUUUCGGAUUACCGUGCGAGAUGUGGAUGAAUGUCAACGCCAGCCACGCCCCUGUGCCUACAAAUGCCGCAAUCUGCCAGGAUCCUACAAAUGUCUGUGUCCACCAGGUCAGAAGUUGUUGGCUGACCGACGAUCUUGUGCUGGCCUCUGGCACCCAGAUGACACAGACAAUAAUGUUAUCAGUACAAGGUCAGGCUGUGAAGCAGGCUACCAGGAAGUAGAUGGAAUAUGUUUAGAUGUGGAUGAAUGUGCAGGUCCCAGGUCCAAGUGUCAGCAUGAAUGUCACAACACAGUUGGCAGUUACCAGUGUCGCUGCCCCGUGGGCUAUCGUGUCAUGCCUUCUGGAGGAACAUGUCAAGAUAUCAAUGAAUGUAUAGAACAAAAUAUCAACUGUGGUCCAAACAAGUUGUGUUUUAAUCGUCGAGGUGACUAUGAGUGUGUGGACUCGCCAUGCCCACCUAACUACAGGAGAGAAUCCUCCUCGGGGUACUGCAUACGAGAUUGCAACCCGGCAGACUACAAAUGUCCAACAGACUAUGCUGUGGAAUACAAGACCUUGGCCCUUCCCUAUGGCAUUGAUGCUAAUCAAGACUUACUACGACUCAUAGCUUACUUUGAAGAUGGCAGACAGCACCCUAAAACAACAUUUUCCAUAACUGAGCAAGAGAGUAACUUACCCUUUGCAUUACGGCCAGAUAAGGGCACGGGUGUACUUUAUACAUUGAGGCCCUUAAAACAAGCUCGGUCCUUCCAAAUGAAAGUUCGUGCUAUAUCAUAUGACGAAAGCCGUAUUGAGUACCAAACAACAUUCAUCAUUUACAUCUCUGUAUCAUCAUACCCUUAUUAAAUCUUCUUGUUUCAUUUGACUGUUGUAAUAGACAACUACAUGUACAUGUAAUAUGAUGUUAUUGAGAGAUUUGUAGUUGAGAUUGCUCCAGGCUUCAUCAGUGCAUAUGGGAUUCAUACCACCACAUUCUGUCAAUUAUUGUCCUAUUAUGGCACACAAGCUUAGCGUUAGGGUUUGACAAUAACUUUGGACAAAGGGCUUUGGAGAAAGCGAUUUUUUUAAUGUAAUUUUACCAAUAGAUGCUUUUGAAAUUUUUACAGAUUUGCUACCUUCUUCAGGCUGGGAAUGUGAAUUGAUGUUGACAGAGGUUCAUCUACUUAAUAUCUUUUAAGUAAGACAUGUACAUGUAUGUAUGGAAGCAUAGUAUCAGAGGAUAAUGAUGUUUUUAUGACAUAAAAUAAGGGGAACUUUUGAAGCCAGUAUUACAUGCAGCAGAUGCUCCUUGGUCCUGAUUGAAUAUCGAUGGUAGUUCUUGCUAAUGAAACAUUUCAUCCCUGCUGGCAUAGAGAAUUACAGUGAUGACUAAAAUCAUGAAUUGAUGGUAUGAGAAGAACCUGAAUCAGUAAUUUUAGUCUUGCUGUUAUGUUACUUUUCACAUUUAUAAAAGGUUUAUUUGUUUCUUGUUGUCAUUUUAGCCAUCAUAUAUGUGUUUUUUUGUGACGAACAGAACCUGCACAUGUAUAUGUUACAAGUUGUGUUGAUGUUAGAUGUGAUUAUUUUUGCGUUGUAUACGUGAGGUAACAUUGCUGGUAUGUAUAAAAGAUUUAAUUUUGAACAGGGUCUGGUGUUCAAUGUUACCUGUGUUACAAAUACAGGAAUAU